AUGACUCAAAAAAAGCCUCAAAAAGGCGCUCAACACAUUCAACUUCGUCAUAUUCUCACAGAAAAGCAUAGCAAGGCAGCUGAAGCGUUGGAAAAGAUAAAUAAUGGUGAGAAAUUUGACAAAGUAGCCAUGGAAUACUCACAAGAUAAGGCAAGAGCUGGUGGUUUGUUGGGUUUGAAAAAAAAAACCGACCUCGUAGAACCAAUUUCUAGUAUAGCAUUUGAUUUACCUAUAAAUCAACCAUCGGAGAUCGUCAAAUCAGAAUUCGGUUAUCACAUUCUGCUCGUAGAGGCACGUAAAUAAA